AUGACAAAAGGAAGCAAGUACCAUCCAUCCCUGUUGCCACCUACUACAACUACUACUACUAUCACCGAUGCUGCUGCUGCUGCUGCUCCUACUGCGAAUAGUGUAGGAAGUAGAGGAGGGCCAACCAAUGCCUCCCUACUGCUAGCAGACGACGCAUUGAUCGUAGAGCUGAGGCGCAAUAUACGUCAAAUAAUAUGUGGAUGCAAUUUAGGUGUACGUUUACAUCUAACCAUUCUGCCUAUAUGGGCUGAACUGAGUGAAGUGAACGGAAGUGAUAGACAUUUGAUGGUUGUACCUGAAAGGGACACUUCUACAGAUACUGCUAUCUUCAUUAUAGCCAGUUUGAAUAAUUAUCUUCAUUAA